GUCGAGGUUGUUACACUGAGCCGGUGGCUCUUCGGACACAGAGUGAAAGGGAAUAGAUUUGCAUAGUUUAAUUUGCAGUGACGCCGAAGGAGUUAGUUAUCCGCCUGGUCUCUCUGAUCAAACCUGCUGGACGGGCAGUGGUUUUGUUUGAGCUGAGAGUUGCAGCACUUCUUCAACAGAGCGGGGCUGCAGGAGCCCCGGAAGGGGGUGGUCGCGGUGUUGCUGAGUUAAGCGAGCUCUACCACCACCCCCCCCCCCCCCCCCCACCCUUCUCCUACACCAUGAUCCGUUUAAACUGGCUCUGGGUGUUUACUUCUUUCCUUCACUUCGCCUGCGGAUUUGACCUCUCCCAUGUGCCAACACCAGCAGGAGAAUCACAGGGCACUGCUGAAAGCAGAAGUGAUGCUGGAAAAAAGAUCCAAUUCAAACCUGCAGCUGCAAGGAUUACAAUAUCUCAAGGCAACCCUGUAAGCUUCAAUUGUUCUAUUGCUGUGCCUGGAUAUCAACAGGAUCUGCGCAUUAAGUGGCUGAAGAAUGACAAACACCUAAUUGAUGGUGACCGCUGUUCGUUCAAAGGUAUUUCCUUUAGUGACAGUGAAGGCACAUCCACGAUCAUGAGCUCCUGCAGAAUCGAAAAUGUCGUCCACUCUGAUGCAGGUGCCUAUUACUGUUGGAUCCAAAUCACUGAUGAGCCCAUUGAGUCGGAGAAGAUAAUUCUCGAAAUAGAAGGUUUGCCAAGUUUUAUUCGAGAGCCUGAAUCAAAGAAUGUGUCAAGAAAUGCCAGCUUUAAUCUAACCUGUGAAGCUGUGGGCCCUCCUUAUCCUGUGAAUAUCCAUUGGUUACAGGAUGGCAUCACCAUAAAAACAAUUGAGAACACCACUCUUUCCGUUCUGAAUGUAGCAGGUGUCCAUAAACGGACAAGAUACAGUUGCGAAGCUCACAAUGAGAAAGGAGUUACAGUUUCAAGAAAAGCCCAAGUGAAUGUCAAGGAGGCCCCAGAUCCACCAGUUGACCUACGGAUUCGUAACCAGACUGCGCACGUUGUUGUAAUUUCAUGGGAGCCUGGCUUUGAUGGCUACUCCUCUCUCAACAUUUGCCAAAUCCAGGUGGAGAAGGAUACAAGAGAUGAAGACAAUGUGAUGACCUAUCUUACUGCAGUUCCACCAUACAAGUACAGGAUCCUUGAUCUACAAGCCUUGACUUCCUACAACAUCAGUGUUUCCUGUAAGAAUGAAGUCGGAUGGUCGAACUGCUCCCCCGGGAUCCAGGCCAAGACAACAGAAGGGGUCCCAACGGCACCCCCUCGUAAUAUCAGCAUACUUGUGAGAAAUGGCUCAUUGACUGUUGAAUGGGUUGGACCUCCGGAGGAGGAAGUUAAUGGCAUCCUGUUGGGCUACGAGUUGAGCUAUGACUGGGAAGGUCGUAGAUCCCCUCAUAUAAAAUCACUUGAACUGGAUAAUAGUCGGAAUUUUAAUCGAGACACUAUUAAGGUUGUGACAACAAAUGUUACGUACAAGAUCCAAGUGGCUGCUUAUACUAAAACUGGAGUUGGACCUUACAGCAACCCAAUGCAUGUGUUUGUUGCAAGUAAUGAUGUGACCCUUCCAUCAACCUCGACUGUUCCUGCUGUUGGGGACAGUAAAACUGAUCACUCACUGAUGGUCCUAAUUGGUAUAGUUUGUAUCAGCGGCAUCAUUGUCAUAGUAGCGUUCGUGUAUGCGGCUGUCAAAAAGCGAGCGAAAGAGAUGAGGUUUGGGAAUGUGUUUGGCGAUGGAGAGGACAUGGAGCCAACUGUUAGUUACACAGUGAAGAAAACCUAUUUAAGACGGACGGUUGAGCUUACACUGGAUAAUCUGGGAAUCCGAGAGGAGUUAAAAGAGAAGCUACAGGAUGUGAUGAUUGACAGGAGUCUGCUGACCCUGGGCAAGGUUCUGGGAGAAGGCGAAUUUGGUUCUGUAGUGGAGGGACAUAUUAAACAGGCUGAUGGCAGCAGUCAGAAAGUUGCUGUUAAAACCAUGAAAUUGGAUGACUUCUCACUGAGGGAAAUUGAAGAAUUCCUGAGUGAAGCAGCUUGCAUGAAAGAUUUUGAUCAUCCAAAUGUCAUUAAACUGUUGGGUGUGUGCUUGGAACUGGGCUCCAGGGAGCAGAUUGCAAAGCCUAUGGUCAUCCUUCCCUUCAUGAAAUACGGUGACUUACACAGCUUCCUGCUGCGCUCAAGGCUCGAAACAAAUGCUGAGUACAUUCCGCUACAGACUCUGCUGAAGUUCAUGAUCGACAUUGCCAGUGGCAUGGAAUACCUGAGUAAUCGGAGCUUUCUGCACCGGGAUCUGGCAGCCCGAAACUGCAUGUUACAGACGGAUAUGACGGUGUGUGUAGCAGACUUCGGCUUAUCCAAGAAAAUCUACAGUGGGGACUACUACAGACAAGGUCGGAUUGCUAAAAUGCCAGUGAAAUGGAUUGCUCUGGAGAGCCUUGCUGAUCGAGUGUUCACCGUUAAGAGCGACGUGUGGGCAUUUGGCAUUACGAUGUGGGAGAUAGUUACCCGAGGGAUGACGCCUUACCCAGGCAUUCAGAACCAUGAAAUUUAUGAGUAUCUCCAAGCAAAUAACAGACUGAAACAGCCUUCGGACUGUCUGGAUGAAGUGUAUGACAUUAUGUACUCUUGUUGGCGAUUGGACCCUGCGGACAGGCCUACAUUUUCUGAUUUAAAAUCCAUCCUCUCUAAAGUUCUUGAUGGUUUGCCCAAAAUCCAGGGCAAGGAAGACAUCAUCUAUGUUAACACAGGCAUUCCAGCAGAGCAGAGGCAGUUGACUGAAGACGCCUUUUCUGAUAUAGACUUGUCUGAUCCCACUGAAGCUGCAUCAUGUAGCCUGGGAUGUGCGGAGGCAACUGUUACCGUGGAAGUCCACAGAACCUUGGACCUGGAAGAUAGAUAUGUUGCAUCAGAUGUCCCUGAACACCAGGGGAACACUGCAGAUAUAGAAACGCCUUUGUUACAUGGAGUUUGUCUAAGUAACGGAGUAAAGUUGCCUCCACCCAAGCCUAAUUCUGGGGAUAUUCCAUUCGCUGAUGAUUCGUCUGGAGACUCUGUUGUAAUACUAUGAAGGAAGAACUGCUCACGAAUCUAGAGACACAAGAGACUGCAGAUGCUAGAAUCUGGAGCAAAAAAAUAAACUGCUGGAGGAACUCGGUGGUUCAGGCAACUUCUGUGGAGGCAGAAGGAUGGUCAAUAUUUUGGAUCAAAAUGUCAACUAUUCCUUUGCCUCUACAGACGUUGCUGAGUACAUCCAGCAGUUUGUUUCUCACUCAACAAUGUAGUUGUGAUUAAAAAAAAAUUUGUCAGUGGACAGAUGUAAAGUGCUGCCAGACCAAA